AUGACGUGUUCAAGGUUAGAAGGUGAGAGACAGAAAAGUGUCGAAAUGUCAGAGUAGAUGUUCAAAGGAGAGACAUCUAUGUUCCCCUCUCUUCGGGUGUUUGUGUGUUAUUGUUGCACUCCCAGGAAAACCAAACAUGAUGUUUAACAUCCAAGUUUUCUGCAGGGAAAAAAGCUCCUGAACUCCUGAAGUUUGGGACAUAUAUAAAGGUUAGCAAGAUGUGCUACAUGAAUAUAAAAUACAACGUAAAUAAAACAAACGUAAAGGAAAGACAAAUGCUAAAUUAGCUGAACAGUUGAAAAAAUUGUAUAAAUUGCAAUACAAUACUCAGUGUACUGCAAAUGCUAAAAAUCACAAUGAUAUGGUAUUGUGGCCGAAGUAUCGUGAUAAUAUUGUAUUGUGGGGACACUGGUGAUUCCCACCUCGACUGAUAACCAAGUUUACCUUGUGCUCAUGCGCUGGUCGCUCUGCUAUGCUGAGUGUUUUUUUCCCCUCAUGCCAGAGCUGGGGGGUGAAAUCCAAUAAAACCCAGCGCUCUGAACACGCUGCGGAGGUGAGCUGCUUAUGCAAACAGGCUCCGAGCUCCAGAUGUCUGCAGAGGUGUGUGUAGAAAAUCCGGAUUUCUAAUUUUUUUGUUGGUUUGUAUUGAUCGGCUCCUCCAGCUGCAGUCUCUCAGCAGUGUUUGUGUUUUUCUCUCUGCAUGCUGUGAAUCUGACAGGAGGAACAAAACGCUAAUCAGCUGAUUUUUCCUGGAUUAUUAGAUGAAGAUGAGUCCUGCUGUGAAAUCUCAUCGUCCAUUAAAAUCAGAGUCAGCUGAGUUCACUUCUCCAUAAUGACUCAAUUGGCUCUUUAGGAUGAUCAGAAAUUCUAAUUUUCUUCAAUUAUUACUCUCUCACACCUGAAAACUUGACUUUCUCAUUUUUCUCAUCGUCGGGUCGUGAUUACCUUUUAGGAUGACUCAAUUACACUCAUUCUUCUUUUUCUAAUAAGUCGAAUAGGUAAUUUGAUAUGGCUGCUGGACAGCCUAAUUAACUUCAGCUCUCUCUGUUAAUUAGGACGAGUGCACCCACCAGAUAUAUAUCAGUAAUAGUGCUGCUGAUAGUGAUAAUGGCUUUAAUGGCUGGAAUUAGGCCUGGAGUGGGAUGUUGUCUGAGGGGAAAUGCAGCAGCAGCAGUUCGUUGUUAAAAUAGGAUAAAGUCAAAUAAACAUAUAAAGGGUAAAAACUCCUCUGAAGUAACUUUGAAAAAGACUCUUAAAAACACUCUGAUGUGAACAACACCCACAACAAUGAUCGAGUAAACCAGCUGUAAGCCGCAGUAUUCUCCUAAACUCUGAUUGAAUCACCUCACAGUGAUGCUGUUUCUCUCCACCUUCUGAAAUACUGAAACCUGAGUUUUGUUCAGCUAAGUGUAGAAGCUGCUGUAAAGGUCAGGUCUCAAAGUGACAAAAACAACUACAGAGAAACAGAUUUUUAGCCUCUGAAGGAUAAAGCUGCAGCUGCUCUUCUGCUGGACCUUUCCUUAGAAAAGACCAGGCAACACAUUUUCUCUGUAGUUUUUAACCCUCAGCUUUCAGGCAGCUGUGCUCAGGGAAACACCGAAACGCUUUGAUGGAAGUUUGUUGGUCCAAAGAGUUCAGACUCAAUGUUCAAGUGGGACUGUUAAAACCCUGUAAAGUAAUUUAAGAAGUUUAAAUUACGGUCGAUGUUUAGGAGGAAAAACUCAAAGUCCUAAAAACACAAGGGUUUGUAGACUCGUAGGGGUGGGGAAGAAAAAGUUGAACUGCUCUGAAAUUUGAGGCAAAACAGACAAAGCUGACCAGAACCACUCGAACCCAGUCCAAGGGGGGGUCCUGGACUUUAAAGCUUGGCAACCUCCAGUCUUGAUGAAUGAAGCAGACACAGAGGUGCAGUUCCACUGGUGUCCACUAGAGGCUGGCUGCAGAGGCACCGUAAACCACAUAGACACUCACUAAAAAAGCCUAUUUUAACAGCAAAAAUAAACGUGUUUACAGCCGACAGUGUUGGUUUUUAUAACUCAGUUAUCUCUGCACACACUCUUAGAGGAGUGACUUUAUUUUACUUUAAAUACAUUUGUUUUAAAGAUAUUUAGGUUUUAAGUUUGGUAAUUGGCAGCACAGCGGACGUGUACAUCAUAGCUGUUAGCAUGAGGCUAAUGCUGCGCUACAGUUCCCUUGGAAGUCAGAGCUGGCAAUGACGUGACACCCGAGUUGACGGCGUUUCAGUAAACAAGUCUUCUUUCUUCUUUAUUUCUCUCAAACUUUAAGACCAACAAAAAACACAACUAGAAACAAAAACACUGAACAAAAUAAUACAUCCAUACAUCAAACAACUGAACACGUCAAAUAUAAGUUAACACAACAUAUGUAUGUCAAACAUAAACAGUUUGAGAAGGAACAGAAUGAAGCAAAAAGCUCAUCUAGUCCUGCGCCCUUCCUUCGCAGUCAUGAACCAAAACAAUCGACAAACACACUAUAACUGGAUCUGUGCAGAAUAAUGAAACCCUCACAACUCUACAGCUCUGUACAUUCUGUUCCUCCAACCUUAUGUCUUCUUUAUGUCCCUGUUUUUUGUCACGUUGUCACUAAUGCGGUUCGAAUCCUGAUGCGUGAACUGUGGAGCAAACGCAGACCAAUAAAGACGGUGUUAGAUUUCUCUAAUAACGGUUGUUUGCUGCUGAAAAGUCAAUGUCCUGGUUCUCUGCAGUGGAGCCGCGUAUGUGAGAAUUGAUUUGGAAUAAAUUACAUGAUCCAGAGUCUCCAUAAUGAGGGAGUAUGUGUAAGUGUAAUGUGCGGCUCACUCAUGUUCAUUUGACAGUUCUCUCGACAUAAUGAAUCUCCGAGGCUCAGAGGGACGUGUGGUCGUGUCAGGAGUGGGCUGUUCGCAGCGUCCCUCUUCAUUUCUCUGUUCAAUAAUAAAGAGGGAUGUUACACAAGAUAAAAGUCUGACUUUUUUUUUUCACUCAUGUUCCAGGCCGGCCUUUUCAAACCACCGAUGUCGAAUUUAGAAGUAAACAAAAUGAUGUUUGAGGAGAAAAUAAUUGUGUCCUUGUGCGUGUUCGCCUGCUUUUAUCCAAUUUAAUCAUUCCUGUGUUUCAUGAAUAAUUUUAACCAAUCAAAUGAUCCCACACACACUUUUUCUUUGUAUUUAUGAUUCAAGCUGGAGGACAGGAUUGUCAUGCCGGCUUAGCUCUGGCAUUAACCCUCCAGUUAAAACGCUUGUCUGAGCUUCCAUUAACCUACACAAUAGAGCCGCCCUGCUAAUUUCACAGCUCCACUUUAUUAUUAAUUGAUAUUCAUGACGUGCGACUCUGCAGCUGCUGGUUCGAUUCAAAGCAAACAGGCUCAGGGUGUUUUUUUUUUUUAUCAGCUUGGGGAUGUGUGACAUAUUGUAGUGAAUAAAUGAUUCAUAUCAAAACAAACUGAAUCCCUAUUAAGUUUAAUAAGGAUUCAUUGUUGAGGAAAAAACAUCAUCUGUACUCACACAUCCAAACGGAGUUUAUGAAAAACUUUAAAAGUGGUAAAAUGUGAGAAAUAUGACAUUUAGUAGCAAAAGUAGAGCGGUCCAAUCUAUGUAAUAUUCGCAAUUAAUUGCUAUGGUAACCAUGCAACGGAUAAAUGAGGUAACCAGUAACAAUAGCAGCCAGAUAACAGUCAUGAAACAGUCAGUUUGGAGUUUCUAUAAAGAAAUUUUUGACUUUUCUGUCAGGAGUUAUAACGGUAUGUCCCUCAGAUUAGGGCUGGGCGAUAUGGCCUCAAAUCAAUAUCCCGAUAUAUUGAUCAGUUCACCUCGAUAACGAUAAAUGGACGAUAACUACUCCACAAGCUGCUCACCCCCUCCCACAUUAACUUCGUCUACUUCAGCUGCUACAACUUUCUCUCCGUCCUCCAUCUCCUCACCUGUCUUUCCCUCUUUGUUACUGACUGGAUGGGGUGGAGUCACGUCUCUGAUGUAGGACAGCGUCUUAAAGGGACAUGAGACCAUAGCCUACCUACACACAUCCAAAACCUACUUUGAUUUAUUUGUUUUCUUACAAUGAAUACACCGAUACGGGCAAAAUGACGUCAGUUAUUGUCGUAAAUUUCAGUAUCGGUAGAUUUUUGGUUUAUCGCCGGCCCUAUAAUGUUAAAUUUUUGCGUUUGUGUCUGUUUGUUUGGCUUGUUAGUGCCACUCUACGUGAACGGGAACAGAGACAGAGAAAAAAACAUGGCGGACGGUACAAAUAGGCAGAAACGAGCUAAUGUGUGACUUCAUUUUACUGAGACAGAUGACAACAGUGAUGUGACAUCAUUGGUUUUGGAGUUGAAAUAAAGAUCUUUUCGACUUUUCUGUCGGCAGUUAUAGCGGUGUUUCCCUCUGAAUUUUCACAAUCUGAAGUAAGACAAGAAACAAGACAAUCAAACUGUGAAAUGUUGGUAUUUUUCUGUUCCCUACAGUCUAAGGCUGCACGAUAUUGGAAAAAACUAAUAUUGCGAUUUUUCUCAACCCUGCGAUAUAUAUUGCGAUAUUAAAAAUACAGUAUUUUCACCAGAUGACCUGAAUAGCACUUAAUGUUAUACUGCACUGCUGAAAUCUUGAGGACAGUUAAUCUGCUCUGAUCUUUCCUCUUUUUGUGAAUGUUAGAGAACGGCUUCUGUCUGUCUCAGAGAUAUUUUUAGCUUUUAUUGUGCUGGGACGUUAUUGUGGCGACAGAUGAACACAGAAGACGUGUUUUGGUCGACAUCAUCCUUCUUUUAACCGAAAUAAUUCCAGAUAACUGACUUUCCUUUUCUUUUUGGCAACAAAUCUUCAUUUUCGGUGGUUUUCGCUUGUUCGUUGCUCAUUUUGCGAUCGUUGUUGUUGUUGUUGUUAGCGGUGUUGUGCCGAGAAACGCAUGUCCGCCGAGAAUUGCAUGCACCUCGCAAAACGCGCACCGCUUAUAGUAGAGUGGUCCACGGAAAUGUACAAUUUAAAACCCAUACAGUUCUUAUUUGUUGGGCUUAACAGUCAUGAGUAAAGUCCCGAAAGUAAUUCUCAGCGGACACACGUCUCCCUCCAUGUGCAGAACAUGUGCAGGGGUGGGUUUCCUCCUCCCUGAUUUUGAUUGACAGCUGGCAGGGUAGUCUGAUUGGCAACUGAGAAGUGAGUCUGAUUGGCAACUGAGUUAAGGACGAAUGUGAUUGGUGGAUCGCUGCACAGCACAUGCAGAGUCACAUGGAGUGUAUCUCAGUCGGUUACCCUUGAAACUAAAUGAGUUCAUUCACCUCCAAUAUCGCAGGCUCUGCGAUGUGACUAUCGCACACACGUACAUCGCGAUGACGAUGUUCAAACGAUAUAUCGUGCAGGCCUACUACAGUCAGUGUGUGGAUAUACAGUAAAUUACAAGACGUUGGUAAAACUGGAUCUACUUUAUAUUUCAUAAGUGUACUUUAUGUCUCGUCUAGUCCAUGAUCAGUUUUUGUUCUCUGUUUCUGAGAUUUCAUGUAAAAAUAUAUAAAACCCACCCUGGAUCUGAAGCUCUGUUCUUUUCUCUCUCCACAGGACCGGCCCACAGAGAAGAGGUUCAGCUCAGGAGCUUCACAGGUGAGUUUGAAUCUUUUCAUAGAAACUAGAGAGUCGAAAACGAUGCAAAUAUUCUCCUUUAACAAACACCGACACAAAGUGGCUCAAACUCAAAAAGAAAAAGACAAAAAUGAAACCUCUGUAUGUGUGGAAGAAGAAGAAGAAACACGCUGAGAAUAUAUUCAGCGGAUGAUUCAUGGCUGCUGUGGCGCUCUGCCAUGUGGUGGGAGCGCUCCGGGUCACUUCCUGCGGUGUUGGAGAUGGCGAUGGACUGUAUUUGUGGAGAUUAUUGCCUCUGCAUGGAGUCUGCUCUACGGGCAGCCAGCAGCACGCCGCCCAGAGAAACCCCGCCGUGUUCCUACAGACGGAGCUUCGGCUCUGAAAUUAGCUGA